AUGGCCUCCACACCAGUGUCAUCCGCCGCCGGUCACGCUCCUCGCUCGUCGUCUCAGCCGGACUGCCGCUUCCCGUCGGUGAACAGACGGCCGACGGCCCCAUGGGCCAUGAUUCUCGCCGUCCUCCUUUGUCUCGUUUCACACGCGCUAGCAGCCUCUCCAAAUGCUGCCGCACCCGCUGAGGCCCUGGUUAUCAACCACAAACCUCCACACCAGGAGGGCCAGAGAUGGGCCAUGUCACCGGAGCACGAGAUCCAGAGGAGGAAGGUGCAGAGGCGCGCCACGUCGGACGAGCCGGAGGAAUCAGACUCGACGAAAUCUUCAGAGCCUUCCAAGACGUCCGCAGCCCACUCGGUGACAACGACAUUCACCAUCGGUGGGGGCUCGCCGAAGGCGUCCAGUACUAGCACCACCGUGGCCGCAAGCCCUCUCCCCAGCAUCCUCGACAGCGUGCCCUCGGAGUUCUCGCUGGGCCCCAACGGCGAGCCCGCGCCCUGUCCAAUUUUUAUCAAUAAUUUCCUCGCCAAUCCCGAUUUCAAGCGGUGCUACCCCCUAUCAAUGCUCUUCGAUACAUCCCGGUCCUUCUAUGAAGCCCAGAGCUCGCUUGUCGGCAUAACGCGCACCCUGGACGCAACUUGCGCCGCUAACGUGACCUUCUGCACCUCGUACUUGACGCAGCUCGCGCAGAACCUCACCGCUCCCGAGAACUGUGCGGCCGACUACAACCGCGGCCUCGCCGCCGUCGUAGACGCCCACCGCGCCAUGCUUGCCUACGCCCCUAUCUAUGGCGCCACCUGCCUGCGCGAUCCAGAAACGGGCGCCUACUGCUACGCCAACGCCAUCACCAACAACACCAACCCGAGCAUGACCUAUUUCUACUUCCUGCCGCUCAACAAGACCCUACCCGGCAGUACCCGCCCGGCCUGCGGCUACUGCUUGCAGGAGACCAUGGACCUGUACCAAGCCGCCACCGCCGAUCGCACCCAGCUGAUCGCUAAUACGUACGCCACCGCUGCCGAGCAGGUCAAUGCCAUCUGCGGCCCAGAUUUCGCGAACGAGUCCCUAGCCGAUGCCACUACGGCCUCUGCGGCGGCUGUGAGCCGGCCCGUGACAUGGUUGAAGAUGGCAAUGCCAUUACUGUUGGGCGCCGUCGUAUGGCUUCUGUAA